AUGUCUCGGACAUAUCCUUUUCAGAUUCCUGUCGAUUCGGCUGAGGUUUCGCAGCCUGCGGGCCCGGGGGCUAUCCCGGAGCCCUACUCGAUGUUAUUCGGUCACAUACCAUUAUUGAUGGCAUUGAAAAAAGGGCUGCCAAGCGAUGCUCAUGACACCUAUCCCGCUCGUAGAUUAGGUCUCGAUUGGAGAGACUACUUCCCCAAGGCUACCACCGCGCCGCCCCUGGCCUAUCUGGACCUAUGGCCUUUUCUCUCCCAGCCGCUGAUCUGGGUCUACAGCCCGCAGGCUUGUGCUCAGUUGACGCAGGAGAAUCCACAGCCAAGACAUUCGCUGUUUAAAUGGUCACUGACACCGUUAACCGGAGGCAAGGAUUUGACGUGCGUAGAUAUGGCCGAGCACAAGGUCUGGCGGUCGAGGCUGAACCCCGGGUUCUCAUCCAUGAACCUCAUGUCACAGAUGGAUAUGCUGUUGGAAGAGGUCGUAGUAUUCACCAAGAACUUGGAGAAAAUGGCAGGAGAGGAUGGUUCCUGGGGAAAUCCCUUCCCUUUUUAUGAUCAGACCGUGCCACUGACCUUUGACAUCAUCAUCAGAAGCACCCUGGACUAUCCAACGCACGAACAAACACAAGGCCCUAGUCCUUUGUUACAGUCAAUACGGCAGCUCAUACAGUUUGUGAAGAAGCCGAAUCUGGCUUCAAAGCUCGAACGUUGGCUUCCGGCCUACCGAUAUGAUGUGUCGCGCCACACUUCGAUCAUCAACAACAUAAUGGUGCCUCAUAUUCAAUCACGCAUUGGCCGGGAGCGCGAACCCGGCCGGCGCAAAACGGUCGUGGAUCUUUGUCUCAAAAACAUCCCAACGUCAACUAAGGGAAUUGACAUUAGUCGCCAACGUUUGGAGUACAUUGACGUUGUAUUGUCACAAGUCAAGGUUUUCGUUCUGGCCGGUCACCACACGACUGCUCAAGCAAUAUGCUGGCUGCUUUACGACAUCAACACAAACCCAGCUGUACUUGAGCGAAUUCAGUCAGAACAUGAUGAACUUCUGGGGUCCGACCCGAACGAGGCUCGUAAUGUCCUUUCGACGCAGCCUUACAAAUUGAAAGAUCUUCGCUACACGAGUGCCGUCAUAAAGGAGUCACUUCGUAUCCAUGCCCUGGGCCAGACGCACCGGGAGGGGAGCGCCAACUUCAGCUUCUACCUUGAAGGGAUAUUGUACCCCACCGACGACUCCAUCCUCCAGACGGUACCUACCGUCACCCAAGUAAGUCCCGACAUCUGGCCCAGGGCCUCCGAGUUCUUGCCUGAGCGCUUUCUGGUGUCCCCUGGCCACGACUUGUAUCCCCCCAAGAAUGCGUGGCGCCCGUUUGAGCUGGGAACUACCAGGUGCAUCGGUGAAGAGCUGGCCAUGAUUGAGAUGCAACUUGUUCUAGCGCUCACAUCGAGGCAUAUCGAAUACAAAUUUGGACAUGGAGAAGGGAGUGACGCCUCCUGGUAA